AUCAAGAUCAGACUCAGACCAAGCCCAAGGCCUCGUGGAUGACGUAAGAGUGUCAACAUGGCCCUCCUCGGCACCUUCUCCCGGCCAUGGCGCACCGCUAUACUUAUUUCCAGGCACAGGAGCCACGCCCUAGCCAGACCCCUCGCCACCACCCACAGUGUCGGAGUCGCGCACCGGGGCCAGGAGCGGGAGAGGGUGGCUGUGCUGUUAGGGGUGAGGCGCGCCCCCUUCGCCCCCCCGCCGCAAGUGACGUGCCGCAGCUACUGUUCCAAGCCCGAUGAUGGCGAGGGGGCCAGCGGUGGCAUGCCAAGUGAGGAGGGGGCUGGUGGAGCAGAGGCCCCCAUCAUGCACAACCUGCCGGCCACCAUGGUAGUGCCGGAAAUAUGGCCCAACGUGCCUGUCAUUGCCAUCAACAGAAACCCAGUCUUUCCACGGUUUAUUAAGAUCAUUGAGAUAUCCGACAAAGAUCUAAUAAAUUUGAUAAGAAGAAAAGUUCGCCUAAAUCAGCCCUAUGCAGGAGUAUUCAUGAAGAAAAAUGAAAGUGAUGAGAGAGAGGUUGUCGACUCCAUGAGCGAGCUGUAUCACAUCGGCACCUUCGUCCAGAUCCACGAGCUUCAGGACAUGGGAGACAAGCUGAGGAUGAUUGUGAUGGCCCACCGACGCAUUGCCAUGACGGCUGUGUUAACAGAAGAUCCAUUAGAGGAGGAAGAGGAGCUGGCAAAAACUGGUAAAGCCAAUGUUGAGGUGCGACUGCCCCCUUAUAACACGCCAAUGACUGUGUCGAUGGAUGACAAGUCGGGGAAGGAGGGAGAGACGGGUGAGAGUCGGAUGCAGAGGCUGCUCAGGCGGAGGAGACGCACGGAACAGACAACGCAGGCAGCGGAAGAAAGUCCAGAAACUGAGGCCAAAAUAGAAAUCCCAGAGAAAGUUGACGCGGCGACACAGACUCCGCCCAGCCCACCUCGCGUCAUCAUGGUGCAGGUGGAGAAUGUGACACACGACAAGUUCCAGACCACCGAGGAAGUCAAGGCCCUGACGCAAGAGAUCAUUAAGACCAUCCGGGACAUCAUAGCACUCAACCCCCUCUACCGGGAGAGUGUGCAGCAGAUGAUUCAGCACGGCCAGCGCGUGGUGGACAACCCAGUCUACCUCGCCGAUCUUGCGGCCUCCCUCACCUCAGCCAACUCAAGCGAACUCCAACAGGUCCUGGAGGAAACAAAGAUCCCAGCAAGACUAAUGUUGGCUUUGUCACUGUUGAAGAAGGAAUAUGAGCUGAGCAAGCUUCAGGCAUCCAUUGCAAAGGAAGUUGAAGAGAAGGUUCGGUCCCAGCACAGAAAGUACAUGCUGCAAGAACAGCUGAAGGUGAUCAAGAAGGAGCUGGGCAUAGAGAAGGAGGACAAGGAUGCCAUUGAGGAAAAGUUUCGGUUAAGGCUGAAGGAUAAGCUGGUGCCCAAAGCAGUUCAGGAUGUAAUUGAUGAGGAGCUCAAUAAACUCGGGUUUCUCGACAACCACUCUUCAGAAUUUAACGUGACAAGAAACUACCUGGACUGGCUGACCACGCUGCCUUGGGGCAUCACCUCCGCCGAGAACCUGGACCUCAAGCAAGCACGGGAGAUACUGGACGAGGAUCAUUAUGGCAUGGAGGAUGUUAAGAAGAGAAUUUUGGAGUUCAUAGCCGUAGCACAACUCAGAGGCACAACUCAGGGGAAGAUCCUUUGUUUCCACGGCCCCCCAGGUGUUGGCAAGACCAGCAUCGCUCGCUCCAUUGCACGAGCUCUGAAUAGGGAGUACUUCAGGUUCAGCGUUGGAGGCAUGACCGAUGUGGCGGAGAUCAAGGGUCACCGCCGCACCUACGUGGGAGCCAUGCCGGGCAAGCUGAUUCAGUGUUUGAAGAAGACUAAAACUGAAAACCCAGUGGUCUUGAUCGACGAGGUGGACAAGAUCGGCAAAGGCUACCAGGGCGACCCUUCAGCUGCCCUGCUGGAGCUGCUGGACCCGGAGCAGAAUGCCAACUUUCUGGACCACUACCUCGAUGUCAAUGUGGACCUGUCGAAGGUUCUGUUCAUCUGUACAGCAAAUGUCUUGGAGACCAUCCCUGAACCGCUGCGAGACAGGAUGGAGAUGAUUGACGUGUCUGGCUAUGUUGCGGAGGAGAAGCGUGCCAUUGCUGAGAGAUACCUCAUUCCUGCCGCACAAAAACUCAGUGGCCUCAAUGAAUCUAAUUUAAGUAUCAAUGAGAAUGCCAUUGACGAGCUCAUACGCCAUUACUGCCGAGAAUCAGGAGUGCGGAACCUCCAGAAGCAUAUCGAGAGGAUAAUGCGGAGGGCAGCGUACAACAUAGUCAGUGGAGAGGCUGAGAAGGUUGACGUGGCUGUUGACAACCUGGAAACUUUUGUGGGGAAAGCAAAAUUCAGCCACGACCGUAUGUACGAAGAAACUCCUCCGGGCGUGGUGAUGGGCCUGGCGUGGACGGCAAUGGGUGGGUCAACUCUGUACAUCGAGACAUCAGCGCGGGCGAUACAAGGGGACCGAGAGGGUGGCCUGGAGACCACUGGGCACCUCGGGGACGUCAUGAAGGAGUCCAUGCGCAUCGCCUUUACCUUCGCCAAGCACUUUGCAUCACAACACUUCAACACAAACUUCCUUGAAAAGUCCAACAUUCAUCUUCAUGUCCCAGAGGGAGCAACACCCAAAGAUGGACCCAGUGCUGGCGUGACCAUUGUGACGGCUCUACUGUCACUCACUCAGGGAAAGCCAGUGAGGCACAACUUGGCCAUGACGGGGGAAGUGUCCCUCACUGGCAAGGUGCUACCGGUUGGAGGCAUCAAGGAAAAGACCAUCGCGGCAAAGCGUGUUGGAGUGGACUGCAUCAUUCUUCCAGCAGAAAACAAGAAAGACUUCAGUGACUUGCCCUCAUUCAUAUCUGAAGGUCUUGAGGUCCACUUUGCUGACAGCUAUGAGGAUGUUUUCAAAGUCGCCUUCCCGGAGUAAAUGUGUGUUGCAAGUUACUGUUAUCAGUUAUUGUCAAAGUAUUCCUAAGCAAAAGAUGAGGAUGUGAGUUGGCAGUUAGAAGCUGUUUCACAUGACAUUAUGUGACAUGAUAAUGCUUCGCAGUAGAACCGUUCUGAUGUGAAAACUGUCUGGAGUGCUAAUAUUCAAGUUUCUGUUCUUUCAAGGAGGCAGCUCAUUGCUUAUAUCCUAACACAUUUACAUUAGAGAAUUAGAUGUGAAUUCCUUUAGAAAUGUCUCAAAAUUAUAAAUAUUGAUGUGAUUAUGUAUACUAAAGUUAUCUUAGGAGCAAUGUCCCUUUAAAUCACAUCUGAUGACAACAUAGGAUUUUGAAGACAUGUAAUAUUGCUCCCCGAGUCACAUGGAAACGGGAACACUGAAGAAUAAUGUGCUCAAGCAUCCUGCAGGCUAUUUUCUCACAGUUUAAUAGGAGAAUAUUAGCAUUGCUGGACAGUUUUGCUCCCUAGUUAGAAUGGCAGUCUUUCAAGCACGUGUGUCCGGUAGAAACAAUUUUUAGACUUAAUAUUUGUGUACAUUUGCUUGUUGAUAUAUUUUUAUAUUUCAUUGUACAUUGCAUACAGAUAUUUUGAGGUAGCUUCUUUCCUGUGAACAUGGGAGUGAGGCAGGGCUGCAUCCUUGCCCUAUCACUUUUCAGUACUUGUAUGAACCGGGCAUUAGACAGCUAUGAACCGAAGUGUUUGUGAACAUCGAUUAGCAAUAGCAGAGUCACAGACCUUGUUUUUGCCGUUGAUGCAGCAGCCCUAGACGAGUCACAGAAGGUCCCGGUGAUGGCUCUCAAAAUAUUGCACAAGGUGAAGCUAUUGUGACUUCAGGUCCUCCCUGCUCACUGGGUUGUAUCUGUAAGAUGAGUGGAAGCUAAAGGGAGCACUUGAAUAUGGAUCAUGCCAAGAGUUACUUAGGAUGUUAAGAUGGCCUGAUUGGAGACUUGUGGGACUAAUUUUGAGUGGCAUUAUAGAGUGGGCAAAGCAACACUCCCACAGAAUAUUCUGCCAUUGAUUAUUUAAUUGAUGCUAACAUAGAAAAAAUGGCAUAAGUUAGCUCGAUAAUUACAAAGUAGUGAAAGUAUACAAACACCAUUAAUUGUACAUAUUGUGAAAAAAAGUUGACUCAAAUAACCUUUUUUUUUCCAGUCACAAUUGUGCUGUCCCUAAAUAUCUGCAGUGAAUUCUGGUACUUGUUUUCCCCAAAUACAUGCAAAUAUUCCUGUC